AUGUCUUUCCUCAACAACGAUGACCGGUCCGAGCCCACUUGUGAUAUGCCCUCCUCCUUUGUCGCCGAUGCCUCAGAACCCUUUAUUGGUGAUCUUUCAUUUCACCAGUUCAACAUGGCCGUCUCAGGUGGUUGCGCUGCCUUUGCCACUGUGUCCAUUUUCAUCCUGAUGGCAAGGCAUGCCACGCACUUCAGCAAACCCAACGAGCAGAGCAAAAUAUUAAAAAUCUGUGCCAUCAUUCCCCUCGAAGCCAUCUUUUCGUGGAUCGGAAUCGCUGCCCCGAAUUCACAUAUCUACGUGGAGGGCUUCGUCGACUUCUUCCAAGCCAUUGGCCUCAGCAGCUUCUUCCUCCUGCUCUGUGAAUUUGUAUCGCCAAGCUCCGAAUUUCGAGAUGUCUUCUUUGCCGCCUUGGAGAUCCCCAAGAGUCGCAGAAAGAAGGACGGCAAAAAGGUCGACGGCUUGUCAUGGUAUAGGAAACGAUGGGUUGCCGUGUUCCAAUACCCAUUUGUCUCACUCGUUAUCGCUGUCGUCACCUGUAUCACUCAAGCAAUUGGUAGAUAUUGCUUGGAAAGCAGCAAUGUGCACUUUGCUCAUAUUUGGUGCACAAUCAUAAUCAACAUCUCCAUCUUCGUAGCGGUCAUCUCCUGUGUCAAGUUCUACACCAUCAUGAAAAAGGAUCUGGAGCACCACAAACCGCUAGCAAAAUUCCUGGCAUUCAAGCUUAUCAUUUUCCUCACCUUCGUUCAAAGAAUUAUCUUCGAAAUCCUCCGAUCCGCCAAUGCCCUGAAAGAGACGUCGAAACUGACGUAUGCCGACGUGAACUGGGGCAUCGAAACCAUGCUCGUGUGCAUCGAAAUGGUGCCAUUUUCUCUCUUCUUCCACUACGCCUACGACGUCGGUGCUUACAACCUAUCCAGAGCACGGCCCUUGCCCCUUUCAGAGAUGGGUGGCCGAAUUAGCCCGAACGAAGCUGAAGCACAAGCGGGACAUGAACAACAGGAGCGCGAGCGCUUGCGCUAUGGACUCCCCGGUCAGUAUGAGGGACAGUAUUACGGCGGCCGCCUUGGCCUGAAGGCUUGGGCAACACUGCCUAAUUUGAAGGAUAUCUUGCUGGCGAUGAAUUUUGCUUUCACGAUGAGAUCAGAGAGGAGGAGGAUGAAGCGAGACCCAACGGUGACGGAGACAGCUCCCCCGAUGUACAUCAACUACUAG